AAAGUUUGGUAUCGCUAGGCUUCUUCUUCAUCAGAAAAACGAAACCUACCAUAAUCCCAUAGUAAGCAACCAUGGUAUUCAUCGUGCCACCCAGUGGCAAAAUCCUAUCCUUAGACAUAAACCCUAAUACCACCACUCUCCACAAUCUCAAACACCAAAUCCAACAAUUUCACGGAAUUCCCAUUCCACAACAACGUCUCUUCAUUUCUAACAGUCUCCGAUUACUCGGUCAAAACGAUUCACUCUUAAUCUCAAAUCUCGGCGUUCAACAAUACUCAACCCUAACCCUACAUAUUCCCUUUUAUGGCGGCACUCAACCUCCCGCCGUUCCCAAACCGCCUCGCUUCGAUUUUCUCAAUUCCAAACCGCCUGCUAAUUACGUUGCCGGACUUGGCCGUGGUGCCACUGGGUUCACCACGAGGUCGGAUAUUGGACCUGCACGUGCUGCUCCUGAUUUGCCUGAUAGAUCGGCUGCUGCUAUCGGUGCGGCGGCUGGUGGUGCUGGAAGGGGGAGAGGGAAAGGAGGCGAGGAUGCUGUUGAGGAAGAUGAAGAAGGUGAAGAUAAAGGUUAUGAUGAGAAUCAGAAAUUUGAUGAGUUUGAAGGGAAUGAUGUUGGUUUGUUUGCUUCUGCUGAAUAUGAUGAGGAUGAUAAAGAAGCUGAUGCUGUUUGGGAAGAAAUUGAUAAGAGAAUGGAUUCUAGAAGGAAGGAUCGUAGAGAAGCUAGGUUGAAACAAGAGAUUGAAAAGUAUAGAGCUUCUAACCCUAAAAUUACUGAACAGUUUGCUGAUUUAAAACGCAAAUUGUAUACUUUAUCAACUGAUGAUUGGCAGAGUCUUGAGAAGUUUGAGAGCGGUGGUUAUUCUUCAAGGAAUAAGAAGAAAAGGUUUGAGAGUUUUGUUCCUGUGCCUGAUACACUUCUUGAGAAAGCAAGGCAGGAACAAGAGCAUGUUACGGCUUUGGAUCCUAAGAGUAGAGCUGCUUCAGCAAAUGGAACUGAGACUCCUUGGGCGCAAACACCUGUUACUGAUUUGACUGCUGUUGGUGAGGGUAGAGGUACUGUUUUGUCAUUGAAAUUAGAUAGGUUGUCCGAUUCGGUCUCUGGAAUGACUAAUGUUGAUCCAAAGGGGUAUCUUACUGUUCUUAAUAGUAUGAAAAUUACUAGUGAUGCUGAGAUUUCUGAUUUUAAAAAGGCUAGAUUGUUGCUUAAGAGUGUUACUCAGACGAAUCCUAAACAUCCUCCUGGUUGGAUUGCUGCUGCGAGGUUGGAGGAGUUGGCGGGGAAGCUUCAGGCGGCUAGGCAAUUGAUACAGAAAGGGUGUGAAGAAUGUCCCAAGAAUGAAGAUGUGUGGUUGGAGGCUUGUAGGUUAGCGAAUCCCGAUGAAGCAAAGGCUGUGAUAGCUAGGGGUGUUAAGUCGAUUCCCACUUCUGUUAAGUUGUGGAUGCAGGCUUCAAAAUUAGAAGGCGAUGAUAUGAACAGAAGUAGGGUGUUGAGGAAAGGGCUUGAGCAUAUUCCUGAUUCGGUUAGGCUUUGGAAGGCUGUUGUUGAGCUUGCAAAUGAAGAAGAUGCUAGACUUUUACUUCACAGAGCUGUGGAAUGUUGUCCAUUGCAUGUGGAAUUGUGGCUUGCGCUUGCUAGGUUGGAGACUUAUGACAAUGCUAAGAAGGUUCUCAAUAGGGCAAGAGAGAGGCUGACCAAGGAGCCAGCUAUAUGGAUAACGGCUGCCAAGUUGGAAGAAGCUAAUGGGAACACAUCCAUGGUUGGCAAGAUAAUUGAGAGGGGUAUAAGGGCUUUGCAGAGAGAAGGUGUGGUGAUUGAUAGAGAAGCUUGGAUGAAGGAAGCAGAGGCGGCGGAACGAGCUGGUUCGGUUGCAACUUGCCAAGCAAUAAUCCAUAAUACAAUUGGAGUUGGAGUUGAAGAGGAAGAUAGGAAGAGAACAUGGGUGGCCGAUGCCGAGGAAUGCAAGAAAAGAGGUUCUAUUGAGACUGCCAGAGCUAUAUAUGCUCAUGCAUUGACCGUGUUCUUAACAAAGAAGAGCAUAUGGCUCAAAGCAGCACAGCUUGAAAGGAGUCAUGGUACAAGAGAAUCACUUGAUGCAUUACUUCGUAAAGCAGUUACAUACAGACCACAGGCUGAAGUUCUUUGGCUUAUGGGUGCCAAGGAGAAGUGGCUUGCUGGAGAUGUGCCUGCUGCUCGUGCAAUUCUCCAAGAAGCUUACGCUGCCAUUCCCAAUUCGGAGGAAAUAUGGCUUGCGGCCUUUAAGCUAGAAUUUGAAAAUCACGAACCCGAAAGAGCUAGAAUGUUGUUGGCUAAAGCAAGGGAGAGAGGAGGCACAGAGAGAGUCUGGAUGAAAUCAGCUAUCGUAGAGAGAGAACUCGGAAACAUUGACGAGGAAAGGAGACUGUUAAAUGAAGGGCUGAAGCAAUUCCCUUCAUUCUAUAAACUGUGGUUGAUGAUUGGCCAGCUUGAGGAACGGCUUGCUGAGUCUUCAAAGCAGCAGGAUCAGCCUGAGAAGCGGCACACUCACAUGAUGGAAGCUAAGAAGGUCUAUGAAUCUGGAUUGAAAAGUUGUGCUAAUUCUGUACCGCUUUGGCUCUCUCUUGCUAAUCUUGAAGAGGAGAUGAGUGGGUUGAGUAAAGCUCGUGCAGUUCUCACAAUGGGUCGAAAGAAGAAUCCUCAAAACCCUGAACUGUGGCUAGCAGCUGUUAGAGCAGAGUUGAAGCAUGGAUAUAAGAAAGAAGCUGAUAUUUUAAUGGCAAAAGCAUUACAAGAGUGUCCCAACAGUGGCAUUUUAUGGGCAGCUUCAAUUGAGAUGGUUCCUCGUCCCCAACGGAAAACCAAGAGUAUGGAUGCCCUGAAGAAAUGUGACCAUGAUCCCCAUGUUAUUGCUGCCGUGGCCAAAUUAUUCUGGCUUGAUAGGAAGGUGGACAAAGCCAGGACUUGGCUGAAUAGGGCUGUGACGCUUGCUCCUGACAUUGGGGAUUUUUGGGCUUUGUGCUACAAAUUUGAACUACAACAUGGAACUGAGGAGAACCAGAAGGAUGUAUUGAAGAGAUGUGUAGCUGCUGAGCCAAAACACGGGGAGAAAUGGCAAGCAGUCUCGAAGGCAGUAGAGAACUCUCACCAACCAACAGAAUCCAUCUUGAAGAAAGUGGUGAUUGCACUUGGGAAGGAGGAGAAUGCAGCUGAGAAUAGUAAACAUUGAUUUACCUUGAUUGUAGGAUCUUUCUGUCCAAAAAAGGAUUGUAGCAUCUUUACCGAUGGACGAGUAUUCUGUUCCUAGAAGCUGUUGGAAUCUAAGCUGACUCCAAUUCGGAGGCCAUUCUGUUGGUAAGCAUUUGUUGCAGGGGGUCUGAGUUGGGUUGGGGGACCAUUAUCUUUGUAACGUAGUUCAUGGAAAGUAACCCUGGAGCUGUUUUCUUUGCGAACUAUCCACAAGUAAAACAUCAUCAAUAGUAGAGGGUUUGCAUUGUUCCUGAUGGUUUCAAUUUCAAGUGAGAGGGUCUUCUACCUUCUUAAAAUUGAACUUUUCAACCUCUAAGUAAGAUAUGGUAUAUUUAUGUUUACCAACGGUUCUAGCUAUAUUCAUUGUGUAACUUCUUAAAAGCAUCAGUUCAUCAAAGAUUGAACUUAUGAGAAAUCAUCAUUUUUAACCUCGUCAUCACUCUUGUGACUUAUCAGACAAAGAUGAGAUUUGUAUCCUCAUAUUCAGAUCUGAUGGAGCAACAUCAUUAUAGGAUUACAGCAACGUACCAAAGGUGAUUGGCAUGUUGCUGCAGCCAACUGACUCCAAGAAAGAUUCCAGGUUUGGUUGUAGAAUUCUUGAUUGGUGGAAGAUCCUAGUUCAAAACCUGUAAGAAAAACAUCCUCGUCUAUGAUCUUUUGCUUUAUGGUUGUUUGAUGUUCUUCCUCAGAUUGUGUUCUUAAGGAUUCAGAAUCCUUAGAAAGAGAGGGCAGAGGUGUAGAUGUACCGACAAAAGGCUUGCAAGUUUUUCUUGUAAUUGUUGUUCUUUGAUUACUUUGUCCAAAUCUCUCUAGAUAAAUUCUCUGUGCUUCAAUUUUCAGCUUCAAGCUUUUUU